UCUUUAUCAGAUUCAUUUGUACCACCAGAGAUUCGAGCACGGGGCCCAGAAGCCGAACUUGCGUUCCAAAAAGCCCUGCAGAAGGGAACAGUGAAAGUUUACCGUGGUCGCAUAAUGCUACUUGGCCAGGACAGGGCGGGCAAAACGAGUCUCAAAAACUCUCUUUUGGGAAUGCCUUUCAACCCACACGAAGAGAGUACGGUCGGAGUUGAAGUUGAUCCUUCAAAAUGCCAAGUGGACGUCGACCAGAUUAAAAAUUGGGAGCCCAUAAAAGAUAAGAAGCUUGAAGUAUCUGAGUUUGCUGAAGACAUUGCAAUGCUCAUCGUGAAGGAUUUGAGUAAAGGACAAGCUGACAAACAAGAUAUUUCGCAACCCGCGGGAGUCUUAGAAGAGGUACCUUUGAUGAGACAUUGUACAUUUUUUGUAACCUUUUGUUGCUGUGGUCGAGAUGACGAUUUUGUUUCUUUAGCAUGAAACUGAGACUUAAAUGAGGUUAUCUCAACCAACAGCUUCGUCUGAUUUCGUUUUGCUGUUGUGUAAUGUUGUAUUUUUGUUCUCCGAACAGUGGAGAUGUUAUUUGCUGAUUUAUUAUGUUGAACUUAAGGCUUGGGCUUCAUUUCAAGUCUCUAAUUAAAGAAUUCAAAAUAUCAGUUUAUUUUUCGGUCAGUGGAAGCUAACUUAUGGUCCUUUAGUCCAGUUCAAAUUUUUCAAAGCUUAUUAUACACCUGAUUGUUUUAUAGAGUAAUAGGGACGAAUUGGACGGCAUUAAACCAAAGCAACCUGAGACCUUGCCACCCGUAGCCCAGUCGACAACGAAUAUAAAACCUGAAAGCACCUCAGAGCUUCAUGGCUCCAGGGAUGAUAAUGCAGAGGGGAAAAGUUCAAGCAGUUCAUCAGAUCAAGGUCUACAGUUAAAUAUCGACACCUCUGCGGCGUUGUCGGACGAUGUCACAGAAUUCGUCAUUCAAUACUUGGAGCGGCACAAAUUGGAUGAUGACAUCAAAGCAAGGGAAGUCAUUUUGACGCUGUGGGAUUUUGCUGGACAGCAUCUAUACUAUGCGUCACAUCCUAUCUUUCUUUCACCGCGAGCAGUGUACGUCUUGGUGUAUAAUCUUAGCAAAAGUCUAAGUGCCGUGGCUGAGCCCUGUGUCAGACAAGGGAUUCAUGAUAUUGUCUUAGACAACCCAAACAGUGAGACCAAUUUGGAUAGUUUAUUGGCCUGGUUAGUUUCUGUUCAUAGUAUUCGACGUCCCGCAGAGAGUAAAGCUGUGCAAGGAGCAGACCAUCAAGGCAGGACGUUGCCUUAUCUCCGUCCACCAGUCUUGAUUGUUGGUACAAAUGCUGAUCACCCUUUCGAAGAGCCCAAGAAAAUGGAAAAGUGUAUCGAGAGGGGUAUCUCGGGCAACACCUACGAAGCGCACGUGAUCAGGCCUUUCUUUGCUGUCGAUAAUACUCAGUCUAAUAGCGAUGACGGGAUCCAGAAACUACGGAAGAAAAUUAUGGAAGUAUUGAAACUGGAACCGUACAUGGGUGAAGAGGUACCAAUUAGGUAUGUUUCGCUAAAAUAGUAUGUUCUAUCUAACGUAGUACCACCCUUUUUUGGAUUGCACUGAAAAGCGCGAUUAAAGGAAAACUCAAUAUAAGACGUCUACUUCAGUUAUGUCAGGUUCCGCUAUUACAAAAUUAAUUGUCCUUUUGUCAGUUGAGGGGUUUAGACCUCUCAGAACAACUUGCAGCUCUUCCAUAAAUAAGCUAGACGUCAAGUGAAAUAUUCAAUUCCCCUAAUGCAAAAACCAAAUACACAAAGUCAAACCCACUUUUGUUUACCUCCAAUCCUUUUUCGGUCGUCUUUGCUUGUAACCGUUUCUUCGUUGUCCCUUUAUUGUUCACAACAGGUGGUUCAAUUUCGAAAAAGUUGUCGAGGCAUUGGUUGCGAAGAAAACUGUCCACAUGUCCCUGGACCAGCUUCUGGCCGUCACCAGAAGAGUUUGCCAAAUCGAGGACGAUGCGGAGUUGACGGCCAUGUUGAAUUUCUAUCAUGAUCUUGGUAUUAUAGUCAAGCAUGGCCAUACAGUAGUGCUGCAGGCUCAGUGGCUUAUAAACCUAUUUAAACAACUGAUAACUGUCCCGCCUUUCAAUGAGAUGGUAAGUAAGUCAUUAAUGACUUUAAGAUUCAAAGACGGGGACGAAUACGAGUUCUAGAUUUUGCUCAAUACAAAGUAAAACGCGCGUGAACCAGUUUCCUUCUUGGGAAAAACCUGACAGCCGUCGUCUGUUUAUUAGCGAUAAUAUCCUAGUGGCGAAAACAAGAGUUGUCAGAUGUUAGACGUUUUAUCAUUUUGCGAUCGGGAAAGGGCAUCACCUCCUUCAAUAAUCAAAGGCUCCUAGGAGCGAGCUCAUGGAUGAAUUGAAUUAGUGUAGAAAAGACAGUUCAAUAAUCAAAAACAUGUAAAUCUUUUUGAACGGUUCAUGGCGUACGGACUUGCCAAAAUACAGCGUGACUCGAAGUAUCCGAUUGCAGUUAGUACCUGAAUAUUCUAGAAACUUUUUUAUCAGCGCAGCAUUUCUACUUACAAAGCAAAGAUCACUUUUAAAAGCAAUUAUUAACGCUUUUUAGUUGUAAAAUAAUUUGCUUUCUCAUGUGACUGUCAAACACUUUCCGAACGACAGUGCACUUUCUUGUAAAAUAGCCAAGUUUUUUAUUUAAAUCGUGGUUUUAAAAGUGCGAUGCUUUCAAAUAAAUGUUUCCAUAUGAUGAGUACGUAACGGUUAGUCCGCAGUACGAGCUAUAUUAAAUACAGAAUACAGGCGUUUAUGGCUAAAUUGAACUGCUUUAGAACGCGCUUUUGAUAAACACGAGCUAAAAAUUAUUUUAAUACAUGUAAAACGGUUAAGCUCAAAGUAGUACGUGCUCUGACCUAGCCAAGUAAUUUAGACGCAGUCGAAGUAUCCGAUUGCCUUUCGCCAGAGACUUGUUUAUACCAGCGCAGCAUUUCUUGUAGAAAUUACAUUAAUAGCACUGCUAAAUGGAAUCACCGACAAACAAAAGCCUACUUUAAGGCAAAGAUCACCUAAGAAUUCAAGCAAAAUAGCGUAACGCUUGUUGGUUCUAAAACCUGUGCUUCUAGUUGACACAACAUUAAUUCAUUCCCUGUUUGCAUACGAAGACAAAUGGUCGAACGGAUUCGUCCAAAUAACUGAAUAAACCUCAAUAGAUACUCCUCAAUGUCGCUUUAACAAUUCGAGGACCGUUUUUUUGCAGUGAUUAUAAGGCUCUUUGGCUUAUUCGCUUUUCACUGAACGAAAUCUUAUCGUCAGGCUGCAAUAGCUCUUUCACACUCCUGUUGAUCGCAUCUUCUCCAUAUCAAGUACAAUAUCGGGAACAAAUGUGCACAAUUCGUCCAAAUAUACAACAAUGAUCCACGCUCAAUUAUUUCAAUGUCCGUUUAACAAUUCUAAGUCCAUUUCUUGCGGAUGAUAUUAUCAGUGUUCUUUAAAAUAUUGUUAUUUUUCCAAAACCCAUCUCUAUAAUUGAUGUGUCGGGAAAAAAAAUUCGCCUUACUAGUACCCUCUAGAAUAUUCCAAACAUAUACGUAAAAGGCACUUGGAAAAAAAGUAAUACUAAGUAAGGGAGGUAGGAGUAACGUGUUUAAUCUGACUUUAAUGAAUAAAUUAAUGAGAAUCGAGUGAGUGAGUGAGUGAGUGAGUGAGUGAGUGAGUGAUCGAGUGCCCUUCGAGUGCCUCCAAAAGCCCAUGGCAUGACUACGUCAUCCACGAGCUAAAAAUAAAGGUAAUGGUGCUAUCUUUUCUGCUAAAAAAGUUUCUAAGCAUUCCGGGGUGUCUAAUACACAAAUAAAUCGUUAAUUCAAUUAUAGUAUUCGUAGUUGUUCUCGUCCUCGAAUCUAAAGGUCUCUAAUUGUGCGUUUGCGCGGGUUCCGUGUUUUUAUCCCCAGGCCGAUAAGAAUCAUUCUUAAACUGAUGCAUCUUUCAUACAUCUGCAUUUACUGUCCCUUACGAAAAUCUCUCUAAAAAUGUUGAAUACCUCCGUUAAUGAGGACUUUAGUAAUGUGUUCCCUCGUUUUUAUACUCGUAAGGUAUCGGAUGUACAUCAUGUAGUCGCUUAUCAUUCAACAACUGUAACAUUUAGUGAUAUAAACUAUUUUACCAUAACCUGAACGAUUUCGUUUACAUGUGUUGGUCGACUUCUAUUGUCUGUACGAACAUAGACAACCUCUUGAUAGCGCAAACAUUUUUCUCAGCCCACGCUUGCGAGUUUCUGGUAAAUGUCUCUGGAAUUAGGCAUCCAAGCACUUCAGUGUUAUUGCAAACAAAAACACAAAUCGACCAUACUAACAACAGGCCUCUGAAGAUAUUCCUGAAUUGUUCUAAAUUUUAGGAUCCUUUGUUCUCCAAAUGUUGGCGCGAGCUGGAGGAAAACGGCAUCCUUAGAAUGGCUCUUGUAGAUCACGUUUUCACGGAUUUCAUUCAGAAUGGCCUUUUAAAGCAGGACAUUCUUGAUAUGAUGGAGCUGUAUGGCUUAAUUGGCAAGUUCUCCUGCUCGUCUCCGAUGGACGAUCAGGUGCAAGAGUACUUUGUUCCAGCUCAGCUCAGAUCAUCUCCGUCUGGUCUGUGCAAGAUAAGUCCCUCCGAUGGUGAUCCGUGUCCACUAUAUAUCCAUUUCCCUGAUGGAUUUGUUCCACACGGGCUUUUUACUCAGCUACUGUCGAGGUGCAUAAGUUGGUGCUCCCAACAAGGCCUCGAGCAGUAUCCACAGCUAUUUAAUAAUGGUGCAAGGCUUUUCAUUGGAAUGCAGAGUGCUUUCGAGCUUUUCCUGAUGUGCAGAAAGAGAUUCAUCAAGGUUGUGUUGAAGAUGAGUCAGAGAUGUCGUUCCGUGACUGGUUCAUUGACAGCUACCUCAACGAAAAUGGCCAAUGAGGUUCGGGCCUUUGUUGAGGCUUCUUUAAAAGCCCUUAUGUCUGAGCUGUCCUGCUGGCAGAGGCUCCAGUAUGAACUGUGUGUCGCUUGCUGUCAUUGCUUGCAAAAUGGUGACCAGUGCAGCAAACAUGAAUCAACAAGUUGUUCUCAGGAUGAGUGCCUGCAUCUUCUCCGAGUACGUCUCGGAGAAGAGCCAAUUUGUACAAAGAGCUACAAUGGUGAAGCGGUUAAGGUGAAUGGGUUGGAGAAAUGGUUCCAAGCUUACAAAGCUCAGGUAAUCUUCUUUUCACUGAUGCCAUCUGUUUAGAUGUCUAAAACAGCAGUCUCUGCUUUACAAUUUUAAAAGUAGACUAAUAUUGCGCCUUCGCUAAUGCUUGUGUUACUCCUUUGUUUGAUUUGAAUUAGAAUGACGAGGAGACCUUGGAGUGCUCGUUUGUGGGCAACGAAAUUUUAAAAGGUAGUGUGUUGAUUUCCUUUUCCUUUGUCUUGAUUUCCCUUUCCUUUUUGUUUGUUUCGUAUAUGCUACGCUUGUUUUAAAUCUCGCGUCAAACAAAUGCAAUUUAAAAGCUAAUGUACAUAGUAGCUGUUGCUUCCUUGAUCUGUACCGCUAAUAAUUCACUCUUUCUAAGUGGCAAGCCUUUGUAACAAAAGUGUCUCAAUCACAGUCUUAAUUUUACCUUGACUGGUUGAACCAGGCAACUGAUCAGAAUUUAUCUUUUUUGUGUUAUAUAUUUCCAUCACUGUUGGUCAUUUAAUUUCUACUGAAAGUAACCUUGAAAAUAGGAGAGUUUUUUCACCUUUUUCAGCUGAUUGAAGGCGAGCGCGGUGCGCCAGAGACGCCCGUUGAAAAACGGCGAAAAAAAUGCGUUAUUAGUUUCACGUCCCUCCCGUCGUGCGUGUCUGGUGCUCCCCGUCCGCUUCGUGCUGGCUUUCUCUCGCCUGAAAAACGCAAACCGUCUGUUCUGCACGUUAACUGAACUUCACCCUGUUAAUCACUCUAGAGGGGCCUUUUAAGCAUUCAUUAAACGUUGCUUUUAACAGAGUUUGCAUCACUCAAGUGUGGUGAACCCUCAACUGACGACCUUCUACUUAUUGCUUAUGACCUUGGUUCUUCGUGGAAAAUGUUUGGACGGGCGCUUAACCUAGACAAGCCACAGUUAGAACAGAUUGAAGAGGAUGAGCGGAAACUGAUCGAAAAGAGCUAUGGUGUGUUAUUGAUUGUCGUUAGCAGAUAG